AUGUCCACUUCUCCUGAAUUUACCAUAUUAUUACCUACUUAUAAUGAACGUGAAAAUCUACCAAUUGUUGUUGCAUUAAUCGAUGAAUAUAUGUCUAAUGAAUUACCGUCGAUUGUAUAUGAAAUAAUUGUGAUUGAUGAUAAUUCACCAGAUGGAACACUUGCAGUUGGACGAGAAUUACAAGCACUUUUUGGCCCGGAAAAAAUUGUACUUAAACCACGUAGUGGAAAAUUGGGUCUCGGUUCAGCUUACAUUCACGGAAUGAAAUAUGCACGUGGAAAUUUUAUAAUUAUUAUGGACGCAGAUUUAUCACAUCAUCCAAAAUAUAUACCAGAAUUUAUUAGAAAACAAAAAGAACGAAAUUAUGAUAUUGUCACAGGUAGUCGUUAUAUGGCAGGUGGUGGUGUAGCUGGUUGGGAUUUAAAACGUAAAAUUAUAUCAAGUGGUGCUAAUCUUUUAACACAAAUUUGUUUACGACCACCUGUUUCUGAUGUAACUGGCUCAUUUCGUCUUUAUCGAAAAGAAUUAUUACAAGAACUUAUUCAAAAAUGUCAAUCGAAAGGUUAUGUAUUUCAAAUGGAAAUGAUUGUACGUGCAACAAAAAUGGAAAAAAAAAUUGCUCAAAUUCCAAUUAUAUUUGUUGAUCGUUUAUAUGGUGAAUCGAAAUUAGGUGGACAAGAAAUAUUUUUAUUUGCAAAAGGUUUAAUAAAAUUGGCAUUUCAAUAUUAG